CCAAUAGCAGUGGACAUACCAAUCCAGCUAAAAAAAAAAACCUUAACUUGAAACCAAAAAUACUUAAAUACCUGAUAAACAUGAAGUGCAUCGUAUCCUUCGUUGUGAUCUCUAUGAUCUUCAGUUUGAGCCUGAUCAAAGCAGCUCCUGUUAGCCAACAAAUCAGCGAUCCAGGAUUCGUUUCGGCCACGGAUAUUACAGGAGAGCCAGUUCGCCAAAAGCGAGCCAGUGCGGAUUACUAUCAAGGCGACUACUUCAUCUGCUAUCCCAAGAGCGAAGUCUAUGGAAAAUAUGGAAAGGGCUCCAACCGCAGAUCCUACGAUGCCGAUGACUAUGCCCCACAUUACCUCGCCGAUGAUCCUUUGUAUGUUCGCCAGGCUCGUGCGGAUGCCAGGAGGGCUGCCUACACCGACAGCUUUGGCAAAUAAGUCACUUAACUGGUUAAUCCAAAUCUAAACAAUCCACAAAGUUAGGGAAAAGAACAGGUCUAGAUUAAGAAGUUGUACAAAGAAUAUUGUUAUUAUUUAUUAAACACAAAUUAAAUAAAUUU